AUGGAGCCGACAGUCUGCUGCGUUCCACUGUUGAUGAUUUGGGACGUUCCUGAGGAUCCGAUUGGCGACGAGAGGAAGCCUGAGAGAUUUGUCCUUGGCCUGGUGGACGUUGGAACUCUGACUUCGGAAUACUGGGAAUUGGAGGAGGCUUUGGCGGUGGUUCCAGCCGCUGGACACCAGUUUUUGGAGGAACUCGUCCUGAUGAUCCUUUCUGAGCUGUGGAUUGGGAACGGCGUCGGGAAUCUGGUCCUCGACGGUCAUUAUUGUUUUCCUACAAAUGAGAUUUUCACCUUGCAAUGCGUGUUUUCAAUUUCGGAUUGGGACAGGGAGGCUUAA